UAAUAAAUAAAUAAAAAUUAUGAUUAAUUUGUUAAAAUUAAUACAUUGCUUACGAUGUGGUCAUCGGCAAUAUUAAGAUUUGUUAGACGUAGAAUAGUUUUAGCUAUAAUUUUUACUUUAUCGUUUACAUAUUGUAUAGUUAGUUUAAUAAGUGAGGGUAAACCAACAUCAAAUUCUGAUGAACCAGAAGUAAUUGUACGUUCAGAACCAUUUAAAUGGCGAACUUUACAAGAACAUAAUUCUACUGUUGAUAUAACACCAUGUCGCAAUUCUGUUCAAGGCAGAGUCUUGAUUGUGGAUGACGAAGGAUAUGUUUGUCAUCGAGCUGAUAUUUUAUCGUCUGGUUGCUGUAAUACGGAAUCUUAUACAACAGUUCAAUAUGCAUGCGAUACCUGCAAAGAAAAUCAUUGCUGUGCUAUUUACGAAUAUUGCAUUUCUUGUUGUUUACAUCCAGAUAAGAAAAUAUUACUUGAAAAAUUUUUGGGUAAAGCGACAAAACAGAAUAAUGUGUUAUUUGCAUCAGUAAAAGAUCAUUUUGAACUAUGCCUUGCCAAAUGUCGUACAAACUCACAAAGUGUCCAACAUGAAAACUCGUAUAGAGAUCCAAGAGCGAAACAUUGUUAUGGUGAAGUUGCACCUAGUGAUGAUGGGAGUGAUAAAACGUGAUAAUAAUUACAAAAGAAAACAAUUCAUAGAAUAUGUUAUAUAUUAUAGGAACCAAAUAUUAAUGAUAUAUAUUUAUUUUAAAAAUGAUUCUAGAAAAUUAUUAAAUAUGACACAAGAAUUGGGUAUUUGACUUGCAACAAGCGGUGAUUUCAAAAUAAUUUAAACAGACGACUCAUCAGACCCUUUCUGGGAAAACAAUAAUCGAUAUUCAAUUGCCAAAAAAAUGUAUUUUGACAUCCGGUAUUCCUUUAACAAAAGUCAAGUAUCCAAUUACAAGUAGAAAAAUAUUUGAAUCUGAAAAAUGUAUUUAAAAAAGUUUGACUAACACUUAUAUUAUUUUUGUAAAUUUGACUCUUCAACUCCCAGUGUCACUUGGGUGAUGUAUAUGAUGUUAAUAAAGCCUAUACAUGUCCGUUUAUUUUAGGAAGCAAAGACAAAAUUCUAACUAUUUGCUCGGCCUAAUGCCAGUGUCACCUGUAGAUGACCCUCCUAUAAAACGAGAGGAAGGCAACUUUUUACUUUAUUUUCUUUUUUACGACUUCAGUAAACGGCUAAGUAAUUGAAAAAUUGCAUUAGAUUGGAUAUGGGAAUUGACGGGUUAAUUAAACAACUCAAUUUAUUCUUUUUUCGAAUAUAAUUAAGUUUUUAAUUAGAAUUUGUGGUCAAUAGAGUGAUUUUUAGAAAAUGUUUUAGUUUUGUGAAUUUUAUUUAAUCAAGAUGUACAAAUAAUAACAAAUCCAUUAUUUGGUUAAAUUCGUCACCCUCAAGGUUCACAUGCUUUUUUACCGUGGAAAAACAAUUUUUGAAAAUACACAAUAGAUAUAAGAGUUUAUAAGCAUAGAGGAAAUGUUAAUUUUGGUAAAAUUAACAUUAUGUGCAUACUCCCUUUCAUAUAAACUUAAGAGGAACACAGCAAUCUGUAGUUACUACCUUUCGACUUUUGCAAAGUUUAUUAAUAACAAUAAAAAAAAACAUUGUUGCCUUUUCUAUAAAUCAAAUAAAAAGGGGCGCACGAAGAAAAUCCGUAAUAUUCAUAUUGAUGUCAUUCUUUGUUUUGAAAUUAAAAAACGUGUAAAAAUUGGAUACUUAAAUCUAACUGGAAAACUUGGAGGCCGAUCGGAUAUUGAAAUAAAUCGGAACUCCUGCCAUUAUACCUCAAAAAAUAAUAUCGAAAAACAUUUCUAUUCAAUGAAAAAACCCGGAUUUUAUACAGAUUUAUUCGCUGUGUAUCCAAAAAAGAAACAAUUGGAAAAAAUUUAUACAUUCUAAAAAUAUCCACUGGUAGACAAUGUCAUUAUGUCAAGUAAUUUAUCAGUUAUAGACGAAUACUCUUGACAUGUGUUCGAAGAUUUUUAAAUGAAAUAAAUUUUAAAAAUAGUUAUGGUCUGAUUAGAUAACAAUAUGGUUCAAUUUUGACAAUAUUGAUUAAUUUUUU